ACCCGGAAACAGAAUCACAGUGUGAUUGACAGCUGCAGACAACAGCGCGCGUCCCAACAAAGCCAAAGAACGAUUCACUCUGUUGUGAUUGCGAUGAGGGUCGUUUAAUCACGGUUCUGAUGAGAGUUCACGGAUGAUCCUGCUGGCUGCGGCGGGACUGUGCGUCGGUGCAGAUGUCUCUGGCUCAGCGGGUUCUGCUCACCUGGAUCUUCUCGCUCCUCUUCCUCGUCCUGCUGGUGCUGAAGCUGGAUGGAAAGGUCCGCUGGAGCUGGUUCCUGGUCUUCCUGCCUGUCUGGGUUUUUGACGGUGUUCUGCUGCUGCUGCUGGCUGUGAGGCUGGCGGGCCGCUGCCGGUCCGGGUUCGACCCGCGGCUGAAGCUCUGGUAUCUGCUGGCUCUGAUGAUGAAGGUGGGCUUCUGUGUGACUCUGUGCGCGCGGCUGGAGCAGCUGACCAACCUGCGUCUGCUGAUCAUCUGUGUGCCGCUCUGGACGCUGCUGACCGGAGCCCUGAUCCAGCUGGGAUACAACAUCCUGCCCCAGAGCACAGACUGACACACACACACACACACACACUACAUACACAGACUGACACACACAGACUGACACACACACAC